AUGCUGAAACAGAUUAUCCUGCUAUGCUGUCUGUGCGGUGCUCUCGCACAGAAGUACCACACCCUGAACGACGACUAUGAUGAGGACGCGGCAGUGAAGCGGCCCGGCCUGCUGAAGAAGCAGUUCGAGUGCUUCCUGGACAAGGGACCCUGCACCCCGGUGUGGGACAGCUACAAGAAGUACAUAUCGGAGGCAGUAGAGCGGUCCUGUGACAAGUGUUUGCCGAACCAGGAACACGAGUUCAAGAAAUUCCUGGCGGAGGGCAAGCGCUCCAUGCCUGACAUGUACGACGCCUUCCGCGCCCGGUACGACCCUACGGGCCAGUACUGGCCCAGGCUGGAAGUCGAGCUGCAGAAAUAUUGAGCUGUAGUCACCAGCGCCUUGGGCGAGAUUUCUCCGGCGCCCAGGGUGCUGGUUGUACUAAAAAGGGCCCUUUUUAUCCGGCGCCCUGGGCGGUCGCCUAGCGUCGCCUCAUCCAAA